AGAAAAUCUAAUAUUGAAUGCAAUAAAGCGAAUAAGGACCAUUGUGGUAAAUAAUACCUAAAGAUUUUGUGUAAUCCAAAGUCAUGUUUGAGGCAACAGUAACCAAAUUAGGAAAGAAGCAACAUCAAAGACACCUUGUUAUUACUGAUAAACAUAUAUUAUUAUUGAAAGUAAUUGAAACUAUAUUCAAAAGGAAAAUGGAAAAUUUGCACAUAAACUAUUACCUUUGGAUUUUUCAACUAGAUUUGAGAUUUUUCGUGAUGCUCCUACUUUAAAAGCGAAUGUCUAAACAAAAAAAUCAACACCAAACACUCCUCUUACAAAUCGACCUGACGUUGUAAAACCUGAGGAUAUUUAAACUUUAGGAGAUAUAUUGCAUAUAAGAUUGUAGGUUGAAUCAUCAGACAAACAUUGGGAUUUUACUAGUGAUCAAGAGACACUUAAAACAUUUAGAAAAUUAUUUGGUUAAAAAAUAAAUCAGAUGGGUUUUCAUCAUAUGUUUAAAGUGUUCAAAAAGAUUGGCAAAGGAAACUUUGCAAGUGUGUAUCUAGCAGAGAGAGUAGAAGAUGGAUAAUAGAUGGCAAUUAAAGCAUUUUCAAAAAAUGCAGUCUACGCAGAAGAAAAUGGGAAAGUAAUAUUAUAAUUAUCAAAAUAAGGAAGGACUUAUCAAUGAAAUAACCAUAAUGAGAGAAUUGGAUCAUCCUAAUAUCAUGAAACUCUAUGAAGUCUAUGAGACAUAGAAUUCAUUAUAUAUGGGUUUGGAAUUAUUAUAGGGAGGCUAACUCUAUGAUAUAAUAAAAAAGAAAGUAAUAUUAACCAACAAAUAAAUACAAUCUAUUAUGAAAGGACUGUUAGAUGGAUUGGCACAUAUGCAUUCCAAAAAUAUAAUGCAUAGAGAUUUGAAACUCGAAAACAUUCUCUUCAAAGAAUAAAAGUUAAUUUAAAUAUUAUAAUAAUAGCGAUAUUAAUUCUGUUGUGAUAGCUGAUUUUGGUUUGGCAACAUUUGUAAAUCUGCCAGUCUAUUUGUAUUGUAGAUGUGGAACACCUGGUUUUGUAGCACCAGAAGUCAUAAAUAUUACAGAUAUGUCAACUACUUAUGACAGUGUUUGCGAUAUCUAUUCUUUAGGGUUAGUCUUCCACAUACUUUUGACAGGAAAACCUGGAUUUCCAGGAAGAAGCUAUAACACAAUUGUCCAAUAAAAUAAAGAUGCUAAAGUCAAUUUUAAGAGUCCUGUGUUUGAUGUGGUACCACCAUAAGCAUUUGAACUAUUAAAAUAAAUGUUAGAGCCUAAUCCAAAAAAAAGAAUAACAGCCAAACAAGCUAUGGAAUUUGAAUUCAUCUACUUAUGUGAAGGCAAUCAAUAAACUGUAUCUUCAGAGGAUGAUGGCAAUAUAGGAGAAGUAGAUGACAAACCUGGAUUAAAUGCCAGAAUACAAAAGAUUAAUGAUCAGUAUAAUACUAAAAUCAAUAAUUAGAGCUGCCACAUUUGAUAUGCUAAGGAUUAAUCAAUUGACUAAUUCGCCUUUAAAAUCACCAGUCAUGUAGGCAACCAACAAAAUGAAAGAAGUUCAAAAUAAGGACCAAUAAAUGAUCAUGAGAACUCCAGUUAUUACAGGUAGAACUGUGGGAUGUGAAGGUAAAUCGAUAUUCUUACUAAAAUUCUAGACUCUCCAAAUACAAAUUAGUUUGUUUCGCCUAGUGUGCAAUUCAAAAAACUAUAAUAGAAGUAAGCAAUUUCUAAAUCGCUAGUUAAUAAUAAGCCCCAACUGGAAAUGUUUUAUUAAAGUACACCUAAAAACCAUAACAACAAUAACCAAAAGACAACGAGGACGAAAAGAAAGAAUAAUCCAAUGUGGCCAAAUCAGUUAAAGCUGCUCUUAGUAAACAUAUUUGAC